CUGAUGUUUCAGGUCCAUUCCACUACACUAGCAGCUCCGUGCGGUUCCACGGCUCGUGCUUCUUACCCGUCGUUUCGUUAGCUUCCUUCUCGAUAUUCUCUGAGCCACGUCAGUGAUUUCCUGCGUGUUGAUUCCUGAAACCUUUUUAUGCUUUGAUUGAUAGGCUAGAGUGAGUCCUGAUUCCAGAACCUGCUUAUUGCGUCUCGAACUUGGUUGCUACGUUCAUUUGCUGAAGCAACCCCUUUUCAGGCAGCACAGUCUGUUGAAGGCUAGACAUACCACCAAAGGCUACGCUGACCGUCAAAGGCUACGCUGACCGCCAAAGGCUACGCUGACCGUCAAACGCUACGCUGACCGAAAAAGGCUGCACAUACUGCCGAAGGCUACGCGGACCGCCAUGCUGGGAAAUAUCGCUCAACGAAUCCAAGAAGCCUUUUUCCAGAGUCUGGAGCAGGCGGGAUGCGUGAGCCUCGACACCUACGGUCCCGCUUCCAGCGACGAGGAAUACGAAGAGGAGGAUGAAGACGAUGAUGAUGACGAUGGGCGUCGCAGCACGGAAUCCGCCAUCACUCCCACGGGUCUCGUCGGCUUUGGAAGUUUUUUACGAAGUAACCCGCGGACGGAUAAGUUUAAAGUGGACCGGUUUCACCACAUCGAAUUCUGGUGCGGAGAUGCUACUAACACGUACGGACGGUUCUCGUGGGGCCUGGGGCUGCCGCUCGUGGCGAAAUCGGACCAGACGACGGGUAACCAGACGUUUUGCAGUUUCGUGCUGAAAGCAGAGGACCUGGCGCUGGUCUUCACAGCUCCUUAUUCCGAAGCAGCCGCUCUAACGCGUACAGAUCCGCUGGGACCAGUAACGGGGGAGACUGGACACCCUAGACGUUCGCGAGUUCCUUUUCCAGGUUUUUCGCCACGGGCUGCCCGGGAAUUUUCCGCUCUGCAUGGGCUGGGAGUCCGGGCAAUCGGAAUUAGAGUGGAGGACGUCGAAGCUGCUUAUCAAACAAGUGUAGAUAACGGAGCCAUUUCCAUCUGCCCUCCCGUUACUGUCACAGACAUCAAACCGAACGGCCAGGGAGGGAGUGUGACUAUAGCGGAGGUGACUCUAUACGGUGACACUGUGCUGCGGUUUGUUAACCCCAAGGGUUAUUCAGGCCCGUUUCUCCCAGCCUUUGAGGCAGCGUCGAACCAAGUGAUGAGCUACGGGAUCUUCAGGGUCGACCAUGUGGUUGGGAACGUGCCGAGCCUGGCCGAUGUGGUUCGGUACAUCAAGGGAUUCUCAGGGUUUCACGAGUUCACGGAUUCGUGUGGCUCGGGGGAAGCAGGAGGAGGGGGUGGUAGCAUGGGGGCAGGAGGAGCUGGAGGGGGGGCAGCAAGGGGAGUAGGAGGAGGAGGAGGGGUGAUUGGUCUUAGUGGUGGUGCUGGUACUGCUGGUGGUGCUGCUGGUGGUGGUGGUGCUACUCCUAAGAAGAGAUCUGGCUGUGCUGCUGACGUUGACCCCUCUGGCCUUGGCGUGAACAGUACUGUACUCGCCAAUGACUGGGAGACAGUCAUCCUCCCUAUAAUGGAGCCCUCGCUCGGUCUCCCUUAUAAGACGCAAGUCGAGACCUUCCUGGAGCACUAUAACGGGGCAGGAGUGCAGCACAUAGCGCUGAUGUGCACGGACAUAGUUAAAGCCGUCAAGGAGAUGAAAGCUCGGAGCGACAUGGGAGGGUUUGCCUUCCUGCCCCGGCCCUCGGCUAAAUACUAUAAGGAGCUGGGGGCUCGGGUGGGGAGUUUGAUCAGUGGGGAGGAGAUGGGGGAGUAUGAGGAGCUGGGUAUUCUGGUGGAUGUGGAUGCGGGAGGAAUUCUGCUUCAAAUAUUUACUGCGCCCAUUGGGGACAGACCCACCCUCUUCAUAGAGAUUCUUCAAAGGGUUGGGGUGAAGAAGGGCCCCAAGGCAAUUCCCAUGCAGCAAUUCCCUCGAGGAGGCUGUGGAGGGUUCGGCACAGGCAACCUGUUGGAGCUGUUCCGGUCACUAGACACAAUUCAGCCUCCGACAAAAGCAUAUCCGUGACUUGUAGAUGGAUGUACACUGGAGGGCAUUCACGGAGAUUUGCUGGUGAAGGAAGGAGGGGGUGUUUGGUGUGAGUAAUUUGUUGGAACUGUUCUGGUCACUAGACAUAUUUCAGACUCCUACAAAGGCGGUACGCUUGACCAUCAAUCAGAGCUAGUGGAGGGGAAGUGAGGUCCCUCUAAUGAGGGGGAUGUGGAGUCUAGAGUUUGGCCCUGGCAACUUUGUUGGAUUGGAACUGUGUUUGUGACGAGAGUAUGUGAUAGAGCAGUCCAGUUUCUC